CGGGGUGAUUAAAAAAUGCCUCAUUUUUGGGACUACUUCUCAAAAAGUCCGCAUAAACAGCGGAAUUUACAAGACGGCCUGUUUCAAAUCGCGUCUCAAACAUGCAAUUUACUCGUUCAAGUGAACAACACGAACAACAUUAGUUACGGAAAUGGUAGUACAAAUAUUCAUCUCAACGAUAUUUCCAUCCCUUUAACGCGCCCCGAAGUGCCGAACCCGCAAAAUGACACCGACAGGGAGCAACUGCUGGUCCUCAUACCUCGGAAAAUGUCGAAAAUCAAAGGUCCAGGCUUGGGGAAACGCUUAUCGACUGUGUUAGAAGACCAGGGGGGCCAUCUCGACGACGACAAUCACUUAUGGGGCCACAGCCACAACCAGGACUGCGACGGCAGUCCCAUUCGAAACAGAUGGGGUGAAAAAAACAAAUGGUGUCGGCCUUCCUGCAUCCCCAUUUCGUUAAUCUGCGUUUUGAUCUUCCUCGUAGUUCUUUUACCCCUUUUGGACCACGCCACUGAACGGGCUUUGGAGGACUUGAACAGGGCCGUACUAGAACCCUGUAACACUUGUAGUCCAUCACUGGUGGAAAGCAUCCCCGAAGGCCUCAUUUUCAACAACAGUCUUGUGCACUCUUCAACGUUCGAAACGUGGUUCAAUUUGAUCCAAUCGGCGGAAAGGACUAUAGAAAUAGCCUCAUUUUACUGGACUUUGAGACAGUCAGAAGUGUACCCCGACCCGUCAUCAGUCAAAGGCGAGAUUAUUUUCCAAGCCUUGUUGAAGGCAGGAACCGAUAGGAGGAUUUCAAUAAAAAUAGCACAAAAUUCGCCGACUCAAGAUAAUCCAAAUGUGGAUACUGAGCUUUUAGUUAAGCGAAAAGCAGCUCAAGUGAGGAGUUUAAAUUUUGCAAAAUUGCUAGGUGGGGGUGUGUUACACACGAAAUUUUGGAUUAUUGAUAGGAAACAUGUGUAUAUCGGGAGUGCUAAUAUGGAUUGGAGAGCUCUAACUCAAGUCAAAGAAAUGGGGUUGGUGAUUUAUAAUUGUAGUUGUCUGGCUGAGGAUCUGGGGAAGGUUUUUGAUGUGUAUUGGAAAUUGGGUGAAGACGGAGCGAAAAUCCCUGAUCAAUGGCCCUCCAAUUUGUCCACAAAUAUUAAUGUGAAUACUCCUAUGAACCUCACUAUCAGUAAUGAAACCUUUCAAACAUACAUAUCGAGUUCACCGUUGUCUUUCAACCCUUCUGGACGAACCAACGAUAUCGACGCUUUACUCAACGUCAUCCACCACGCCGAAAAAUUGAUUUACAUCGCCGUCAUGGAUUACUUCCCCUUGACCAUUUACACGCCAAAAAUGAAAUUUUGGCCGAAAAUCGACGAUGCCUUAAAAACAGCCGCCAUCGAAAACAACGUCAAAGUAAAAAUGUUGAUCAGUUGGUGGAACCAUUCGAGAUCGUCGGAAGACAAUUUCUUAAAAUCACUUGCUUCCAUUAAUUUGGCGUAUCCAAGAGUAUCGAUCGAAGUGCGACGGUUUAUUGUGCCUUCAAACAAGGAACAAGAAAAAAUACCUUUCGCUAGAGUUAACCACAAUAAAUAUAUGGUUACUGACAACACCGCUUUUAUAGGCACUUCUAAUUGGUCGGGAGAUUAUUUCAUUGAUACGGCGGGGGUUUCUUUUGUUUUGCAUGAUCCGGUGUUUGACAGGAAUGGCAGUGAAACCACUCUAAGAAGCGAACUACAAGCCGUAUUUGAAAGAGAUUGGAACUCUAAUUACUCAUUUCCAUUAACAUUUUAAAUGGUUUACUGAGACAUUCAACUUGUUUAAUUUAAGACAAUUAUUUUUCCCGUUUACACGCCAUUUUCUACUUUUUUUCUGUUUCAUAUUUAAAAAUUGUAAGUGCCUCAUUAAAAUUGUAUUUUUUUAAAACUUUUGCUCAUAUAAAUCAUGUUAAAAAUAACACAAUGUUAGAUAUGUUGUUUGAAUCUUUGCGAAAAUAAAUUUUUGGGAACUAAA